GCAUCAAAGCCAAGAAAUAGUGAUCCAAUAAUGGAUCAUCGCUACAUUUCAUGGAGGAUUAUGGUGACAGCCAUGAUUAUGUUGUCAUGUUGUUCCUCAAAUGUGCUGGUUCGUGGAGAGACAACAUGGAAGCCAACGUGGACAAAAGAGGCAGCAGAAGAAGCAGAGGUUGUGGCAGCCAUAGAAUGUUCGGGACAUGGAAGAGCUUACUUGGAUGGUUUGGUUCUCAGUGGCCAUGACUUGCCUGUUUGUGAAUGUAAUCCUUGCUAUUAUGGCCUUUCUUGUUCCCAGUUUCAAUCCAAUUGCUCAGCAAAUGCUGGAAGUGGGGAUCCAUAUUUCUUAGAGCCAUUCUGGAUGAGACGUGGAAAGGAGAGUUCGAUAUUAGUAUCAGGUUGGCACAGAAUGGGAUACACGUACAGUGAUGGAUCUUACAUCUCACAAAUGUUGGUGAAGUACAUUCAAAAAUUGCAUAAACUGGUUGGGAAUGCAGAGACUGAAGGAAGAUUUAUUAUAUUUGGGGCUGGUUCUACUCAACUCCUUAAUGCUGCUGUUUACGCCUUCUCUCCCAAUUCUUCUUUGCAUUAUUCUCCUGCUAAAGUCGUUGCCACAGCCCCAUAUUACCCUUUGUACAGACAACAAACAGAGCUUUUCAAUUCAUUGGACUAUAGAUACGAAGGUGACACAUCGUUGUGGAAGAAGAAGAAUUUGUCUUCAGCAGAAAACAAGAACAAGACAUUCAUUGAGUUUGUGACUUCACCAAACAACCCAGAUGGAAGAUUGAUGAAAGCUGUUCUUACUGGAUCAAGUGUGAAGACUGUGAAUGAUCAUGCUUAUUAUUGGCCUCACUUCACUCCUAUUCCUUCUCCUUCUGAUCAAGACCUCAUGAUCUUCACAAUUUCAAAGCUCACUGGCCAUGCAGGCUCUAGAUUUGGGUGGGCAUUGGUGAAGGACGAAGCUGUAUAUCAAAAGAUGUUGACAUAUUUGGACUUGAACACCAUGGGAAUUUCUCGAGAAUCUCAGUUGAGAGCUUUGAAGCUUCUUGAUGUUCUUCUUGAAAGUGAUGGCAAAGAGAUAUUCAAGUUUGGAUAUUCAACAAUGAAAAACCGAUGGAUAAGGCUCACACAGACCUUAUCCUCAUCAAAACGAUUUUCUCUUCAGAAAUUAACUCCUCAUUAUUGCUCCUUUUUCAAAAGGGUUAGAGACCCUACACCAGCAUAUGCAUGGUUGAAGUGUGAGAGAAAGGAAGAUAAAGAUUGCUAUGAAGUGCUGAAAGCAGCAAAAAUAGAAGGACGUGCCGGAAGUACGUACAGUGCCGAUCCUCUUUAUGUUCGUCUGAGUCUCAUUAGAAGCCAAGACGACUUUGACAUUCUCAUCAGCCAUCUCCAGAAGCUCAUUGCUAAAUCUUAGUCUCUCUCUCUCUCUAUAUAUAUAUUUAUAUUUAUAUCUAUAUAUGUAUAUAAUUGAUGAAUAAUAAAAAUCCACAUACAAUAAUGGUUGUUGAUGAUCGAUGUAUAAAGUUUAUAAUUAUUGAUAAAAUCAGUUGUGUGUAUGAACAAUUAAUGGUCGGAUUCGGGUCACUCUAUGGUGGGCUAAUUUAAGUGGUCCUGAUGAGGAUCCUUAUAUUUAUGUAUCAUCAUAACAUUUUAUAGUAAAAUU